CCUUUCUUCUUCCACAGAUGCAGAACAGUGUAUCCAGUGUGCAGAGCAUGAGUAUCCGAACAUGGAGAGAAGUCACUGCCUCCCCAAGAUGAUGACCUUCUUAGCCUUUGAGGAUGCCCUGGGGAUGGCUCUGGUUUGCAUGGCUCUGUGCUUCUCUGUCCUCACAGCUGCAGUUUUGGGGGUCUUUGUGAAGCACCGAGACACUCCCAUCGUCAAGGCCAAUAACCGGUCUCUCAGCUACAUCCUGCUCAUCGCCCUCCUCCUGUGCUUCCUGUGCUCCUUACUCUUCAUUGGCCAUCCCAACACAGCCACCUGCCUCCUCCGACAAAUAACAUUUGGUCUUGUGUUCACAGUGGCUAUUUCUGCUGUGCUGGCCAAGACCAUCACUGUGAUUCUGGCUUUCAAGGUUAUGAAACCUGGAAGAACUAUCAGGCGAUUGCUUGUAUCCGGAGCUUCUAACUUCAUCAUUCCCAUCUGUUCCUUGAUCCAACUAGCUCUCUGUGGCAUCUGGUUGGGAAUCUCUCCUCCAUUUAUUGAGUUAGAUGCAUAUGCUGAGCAUGGCCACAUCAUCCUGGUGUGCAACAAGGGCUCAGUCACUGCCUUCUACUGUGUCCUGGGCUACCUGGGUUCCUUGGCCCUAGCGAGCUUCACUGUAGCUUUCCUAGCCAGGAAUCUGCCUGACACUUUCAAUGAAGCCAAGUUCCUGACAUUCAGCAUGCUGGUGUUCUGCAGUGUCUGGGUGACCUUCCUGCCUGUCUACCACAGCACCAAGGGGAAGGUCAUGGUGGCCGUGGAGGUCUUCUCCAUCUUGGCCUCCAGUGCGGGACUCCUGGGGUGCAUUUUUGCCCCCAAGUGCUACAUUAUUCUUAUAAGGCCUGAAAAGGAAUUCUUUGAAAGGCUUAAAGAAAAGAGCAAGUUCUACGGGAUUCUAUAUUUUUCUGCUUGUUUUGUUGUCACAUUUUCAGAGUUUGGUGCCAAAACCAAACUGAUAUAA